AUGCAGGUCACAACAACAGAUAAACUCGAAAUCCUUACAAGUGCAAUCACUCUCAUACUCAUGACAGCCAUGCUUUCAAAGUACUUCUUUGCAAGUCAGGUAAUCACAGGCAUCACAAUCUACUCUCUGCUUGUAUCUCUUGUAAAGCCAGUCAUCAAGAAGGACAAGCUCCAUCUCAGAGCAAUCAAUGUUGCGCAUGUCAUUGCAAAAAUACUCACUCUAGUUGCAUUCUUCAUAGUUAUCGACAAUGUCUUCGUAAUGAAAACUGGCAAUAAAAACUGCAGCUCGUGUACACAAAUGUCUGCGCUGGAUAUCGCAUACUCAAUCGUAUUCUUGAUAUAUUACUCAGCAUACUCAUUUGCAUUCAUAUUCUUUUCAUACAUAUCUGAAAAAUAG